UAUAAAACCAACACUUGCUUGUUCCACUUGCAUACACCAACACGACUGUUCUUGAUUUUCUUGAUCUUCUUGACAUCAGAAGCUUCAUUUUUGGAGAUCCAAAAAUGGGUUUCUUGGUAUUAAUACGGGCUUUCUUGAUUUCUAAUCUUUUAGUCUUUUGCUCACUACCCAUUUGCUCAGAUGCUUCUUUUAGCUCAGUUUCUGCUUCUGAGAUUCCCGAAAAGUUUCUAAAUUUAGCUAAGAGCCCAGAAGUGUUUGAUUGGAUGGUGAGUAUUAGGAGAAAGAUACAUGAGAAUCCUGAACUGGGCUAUGAAGAAUUUGAGACCAGUAAGCUUAUAAGAGCAGAGCUAGAUAAGUUGGGAGUCAAGUACAAAUAUCCAGUUGCAGUUACAGGUGUUGUUGGUUACAUUGGUUCUGGUGAAGCUCCUUUUGUGGCCCUGAGGGCUGACAUGGAUGCACUUUCAAUGCAGGAAAUGGUUGAAUGGAAGCACAAGAGUAAAAAUCCUGGUAAGAUGCACGCUUGUGGGCAUGAUGCACAUGUUGCAAUGCUGCUUGGUGCCGCAAAGAUACUUCAAGAGCACCGUGAAUCUUUGAAGGGUACAGUUGUUCUUAUUUUUCAACCUGCGGAGGAAGGAGGUGGAGGAGCAAAGAGAAUUGUAGAUGCAGGGAUACUAAAGAAUGUCAAAGCCAUCUUUGGUUUGCAUGUUUCACCUGGAUUGCCUGUAGGGAAGGUGUCUUCCAGGCAUGGCCCUCUUUUGGCUGGAACAGGCUUUUUUGAAGCUGUGAUAAGUGGGAAGGGGGGUCAUGCUGCCAUUCCGCACCACUCAAUUGACCCUAUUUUAGCGGCUUCAUACAUAGUUGUAAGUUUACAGCAUCUUGUCUCACGGGAAGCAGAUCCUCUUGACUCUCAGGUUGUUACAGUUGCAAAAUUCCAAGGAGGCGGUGCAUUCAACGUCAUUCCUGAUUCUGUAGUCAUUGGUGGCACAUUCAGAACAUUCUCUAAGGAUACAUUUGUGCACCUGAAGAUGCGAAUUGAGGAGGUUAUAAUUCAACAAGCAGCUGUACAGAGGUGUAAUGCAACUGUAGAUUUCCUAUCAAGUGAGAAACCGUGUUGUCCGCCUACUGUAAAUAAUGAAGCCUUGCACCAGUACUUUCAAAAUGUCGCAGGAGAUGUACUGGGCAUUUCUAAUGUGGAACACAUGCAACCAUUGAUGGGAUCUGAAGAUUUUUCAUUCUACCAAGAGGCCAUACCAGGCUACUUUUAUUUCCUCGGUAUGAAAAAUGAAACAAAGGGAAAAUUUCCUUCACCACACUCACCUUAUUUUGAAAUCAAUGAAGAUGCAUUUCCAUUUGGUGCUGCCCUUCACGCUACACUAGCUGCUAGACACCUUAUUGAAAUCCAAACAAAAACUCCUCUGAUAAGGGAUGAUCAUCACGACGAAUUGUAAGGUGCCUUGUAGAGUUAUAUGGACCCAAAAUUGGUCCAAACACCUCUAGUAUUUGAUGGAGGCUUAAAUCACACAGAGAUGUAAAAUAUCCGAUUCAUUCAACUCCUUAUUGCUAAAAAUCAGGAUAUCUAAAUAAGAAAGUGAAACUUAGAGUACCCUAUCUUAUGUAAAUAGGGGUCAGAUUUUGCAUCAGGUAUCCUGUGAAUUUUUGUAUAUUUAAAUCUCAUUUCAUGUAAAAAUAGCUUCUUGCUUACAGAUACAAUGAUAAGAGCAAGUCUGUUCUGGUUUAUGCAAUUUUUGAAACUGCUUCUCA